AUGGAAGUUCAUGACAAGGAUUUUGAUACAUAUAUCGAAGAUGAAAAACAAUCCAGAAAUAUAUCUUAUCUAAAACAUGGAGUCAAAACAGAUACUGCUACAGAUCUUCCAACAUGUUUAUCCAAAAGGGGUGACCUCCCCCCUUUACAACGAAGUGAAAGGCGAAUGUCAACUCAUUCAGAGAAAAAGUCAGUUACGUUCUCAGUUUCUGGGGGUGAGAGAAGUAAUCAUAUCCUUAAUGCUUCAGAUUGUUUCACUUACAUGCGUAAAGGUAGUGAAAUGAUUAAACUUCAUACAAGUGGACGUCAGUAUAAACGAGUAUUCUAUCUAAAUGAACAAAUGAAUUGCAUAAAGUGGUCAUCAUCUUCAUCGAAUAAACGUCAAUCUAACUCACAAAUUGACAUUGAAGAGAUUCAUGAAGUUCAGCUAGGAUGCUCAUCAAGAACUACACAUUCUCUUGGACGUAGACGUCCACUUAGCUUAACACCGACACUGGCGCAUAAUUUUUUAUCGUCUACUGGAUCAGGAAGUCUCAUCCAGUCACCAUCACGUAAUUAUUCAAAUAAUUCAAAUUCAUUGACAAUUGGUUCAAUGUCACCACAACUGCAUAGUUCAUCAUCAUUGAAUACUACAGUGUUGAAUCUUAGUUCUAGUGCAUUUACAAUAUGUUAUGGACCAGAUUUUACCGUGUUGGAGAUUUUAGCUUCUGGUCCAGAAGAAGCAAAUAUAUGGGUCACUGGAUUAAAAUGUCUUAUGGCUGGUGCUCAAGAUCCUCAAGUGCUGGAAGACAGACAAAAACCACGUGAUAGAUGGCUACAACUCAUGUUUCAUGAAGCCGAUUCAACUAAUCAAGGACAUUUAAGUGAAUUUGAAGUAAUCCGUCUAAUCAGAUCAAUUAAUCCAAGUUUAUCUUCAACACAUCUAAGGCAUAAAUUAAAGGAAAUGGAAAGUAAACUCAGAGAUCAUAAAGGUCGAAUAACCAGAGAUGACUUUGUAAAUUUUUUUAAGAAAGUUGCAACUAGACAAGAAAUUUAUUACAUUCUUGUAAGGUAUUCCAGUGGAGCAGAACACUUAACUGCGGAAGAUCUGAAGAACUUUUUUGAAAGUGAACAAGGAAGAACUGGUUUAACUUUAGAAAAGUGUACAGCAUUAAUUAAUCGAUUUGAACCAUCCCAUGAAAAUCGUCAAUACAAUCUGAUGGGUAUAGAUGGAUUCACAUCAUUAUUAUUAUCCGAAGAAUGUGAUAUAUUCAAUCCAGCUCACCUACAAGUAUGCCAAGAUAUGUCUCAGCCAAUAACACACUAUUACAUUGCAUCCUCACAUAAAACGUUUCUGCUUGAAGAUCAGCUCACAGGUCCCUGCAGUAUUGAGGGUUAUCAGAGGGCACUCCUUUCAGGAUGUCGAUAUAUUGAGCUUGAAGUUUAUGAUGGCCAUGAUGGCCAUCCAGUUGUCAGACGAUUAAAUUCACGACCUCCUGGGAUUCCAAUACAAGCUGUAUUAAACACAAUUCAUGAUUUUGCAUUUACCCGUUCAGAGUAUCCAGUCAUUAUAUCGAUUGAAUGUUAUGCAUCACAGGCCCAACAGAGUGUACUGGCGACAUUUCUACGUUGUUGCCUUGGUCAUCGUUUGAUUCUACCGAAUUCAGAAUUCACUUUUAAUUUAAGUGAAUCUCAACUAGAAAUGGAAGAUCAAGUGGAAAAAGCAAGAUACACUACCAUCACCAAUAAUUUUACUAGUACUACUGGUGGUAAUAAACCCUAUCGUAAAAAUAGUCUAACAGUUGUUGAUUUAAAAAACGAAUCAACAGUUUAUGCAUCAGACGGUUCACAUGUAAGAUGGCCAUCACCACGUGAUCUUAUAGGAAGAAUUUUACUGAAGGGUAAAAGGCUACCGAAGGGCACAACAACGACGUCGAUAGUGGGCAACGAAUCAGAAAAAUGGAUGAAUGGUGGCUUACCUAACAUAAGACGUGCCUUUACUUCAUCAUACGCUACAUCAUGUCAACAGCAGACUACUAUUAUCAGAGAGUUAUCUGAUAUGUUUUUCUUCGAUACUACUAAUUAUGAGCACAUUCCGAAUAGUGAUUCACUUAGAACUAGUAUAUCACUUGGCUUCAAGCAUGCAUUAUCGUCUUCAUCAUUUAGAAGAGGAAGCGUGAAAAAUGACCAUUCGCACAGAAGUCCACACAGUACCUCAUCUGCAUCGUUAACAUCAUCACCAGUUGUUAUUGUUGGCGGUGCACAUUCAGAAACUAAUUCAUCAUUGACGACACUGAAAACUUUUCAAUAUCAAUCUAGAGCUAAACUAAAGUUAGGUGAUAAUUCGGAAUCAAAAGACAAGAACAACUCAAAAGAUAAGAAUAUCACUAGUGACUACAACAGAAGUAGCGGUAAUGCUACUUCUACUACUACUACUGCUACUAAACACUGUAACCAGGAUAAAUUACACUUGCACCCAUAUUACAUCAUUAUCAUGUCCGAGUCAGAAGCGUCAAGAGCAAUUGGUACUGGUGCCGGAGAAUUGGUUCAACUGACGCGUAAUUCUCUGAUCCAGAUAUGCCCAAGUCCAUCACGAGCUGAUAGCAGUAACCUGAAUCCAUUGGACAUAUGGGCAUGGGGUGGACAAAUUGUAUCGUUAAACUACCAGACAGCUGGUCUAGUUAUGGAUUUGGCAACAGGAUUUUUUGCCCGGAACGGAGCUUGUGGUUAUGUAUUGAAACCAAAGAGGCCACCUGAUACUACACCUCAGGUACUACGAUUAAAAAUUGUCAGUGCACAACAACUUCCAAAGCCAAGAGGAUCUGUUUCUAAAGGUGAUACAAUUGAACCGUAUGUUGUUGUAGAAAUUCAUGGAAUCCCAGUUGACUGUGCCGAACAACGUACUGUCACCGCUCCAGCUGGCAGUGCAUCUGGAUAUAAUGCGAUAUUUGAAGAUACAUUUGAAUUUUGUGUUCAACUGGGCAGUUUAGCAUUAGUACGUUUUGUUGUAUUAGAUGACCAUGCAAUUGGAGACGAUUUUAUUGGACAGAACACAGUACCAUUUGACUGUCUACUAACAGGUUUUCGUCAUGUUCGUUUACGAAGUGAUACUGGAGAGCCCAUUCCACUGGCUACCUUAUUUGUGCAUAUCACAAUAACAACUAGAACAGAUAGUUCACAAGGAGAAAAUCAUACUGGUCUAUUGCAUAAAUGGCGUUCACGUAAUCGUCAACAGUUACAAUUGAAAAAAGUUGGUGUCUCAACAUUUGAUGAUAUAUUCAAGGCCACAACAACAACAUUACGUCAGGCGUGUGAACUUAGAACAUCUGUCCUAACAAAUUUUGAUAACUUUCGACGUCUAUGCGGUGAAACAUCAACACCCCUAUCUAUGAACCAGUGUAUUCGUGCGCUGUCAACGCGUAUUGGUACAUCAUUUGGAUCACCUGAUCUAUGGCCUGUACGCAUGCGUAUACGCUUAGAAGAUGAAAUGCCACAUUUAGAACUACAAAGUUCAUUUAUGGGCUCUGGAUUAAGUGUUUAUCCAAGUUUAAAUACACUUGGAGAUUCAUCACAAGCACUACAACCAUCCUCAUCAUCAUCUUCAACACGUAAUUCAUCAUUGCGUUUUUCACCAGCUCCUGGAUUGCAUCGUUCUCCGUCAUUAAUUCUUUCACCUCGUCUAUUCUUAAACAGACGUUUAAAAAGUAGUUCAAAGUCUAUUGAUGAAGAUGCGUCAUCAGCUCUGUCAAUUGAUGUUAGCGGCUGUCACAGCAGUGUUAAUAGUCAUAGUCAUAGUACACAUGAUCAUUCACCAACAAUAUCAACAACAAAUAUGGCAAGGCGUCAAAGUAUUCAUUCAAGUAACAGCAGUAUUUCUUCAUUUUCUGUCGGCCGACUGGAUAAGAUGAAGAAAACUGUGAACGAAUUUGAAGCUCUCAUUGAAUCCUGUAAAACGUUGAUUAAACAAGGACCGUAUCUACGAGUUAAAUUACAACAAACACAAAGAACUGCCUUAGAAGCAUAUACAACAUUUCUAGAAGGUUUGAAAGCUCCAUCAUCUCAUGCAACUACCAUUUCAAGACUUACGUCGUCAUCUCGGAGUUCAAUUUCACGUGGUAGUGAGGCUCUUUUCAGCAGCGUAACACCAGAAAUCAGUAGACGUGUAAGUCAACAGUCUGUCUCAGAUAGUGUAGAUGCUCAGAAUAAGAUGACUAGUGGAACAAUAACUUCUGGUACUUCUAUAUAUUGGAGACGUAUGUCACGUGUAGCUGAUAAUGUAACCUGGAAUCUACGCCUUUUAACAGGACAAGUUGAACUAUUGACACUACUAUUGAAUGAGUCUAGUGAGUGGAUAAAACAAGCCAAAGAAUCAAGCACUGCUACUGGUCUAUUGAUUAAGACUGAUGUAUCCAGCUUGCCUGAUGCAAACUCUUCACCAACCUACGCAGAUAAAGAUCAAUUCAUUAGUGUGACAAGUAUAGAAAAUGCAUUGAUUCACAAGCCAACGUUACCGAUAAUCAGCUGUCAAACUCCUUCAAGAAGAUCAACAAUUUCAAAUGAAUCUUUCACCCUAGAUUCUGAUGAGGCAGGUCACAGUCUAAUAAGAAAUUUAUUAACACCUUUACCAGAAAGUCCUUGUUCAAAUCAGUUGUUUAACACAUACGAUGAAUCUGAUUUAAAAUUGCCGCCGACUAUACUAACAACCACAACAACGGGAAUGAUGAUAACGACAAAAACAACAAAAUCAAUUUCAAAAAUUUCUAGUCUGUAUAAUUUUUCCUCCUCUACAAAAAUUACACCCACUACAAAUGAAACUUUAUCUGUGGCACAUAACAGAACUUCAUCCAAUGCUUCUCCUAUUACUGCCAACAAUAAGGAUAAUAAUAGUAAUAAAGGCAUUAAUUCUACCGUUAUAAAUACUAACAGCACUAUUACCAGUAUCCCAACAACAAAACUGAUUACUACUCCUACAACUUCAGGAAAUCUAUCAAGAAUUCGAAAUCGUUUUAAUCAAGCAUGGAAGAAAUAA